CAGAUGUCGCAUGUACCAAAUGGCGUGUGUGUGCGUUGUGUGCGGCAAUUUCGAAGGGCAAGUGAGAAGGAGGCUUUUCGAAAAUUUUUGACCAUCACGGCGGCAACAAAUAGGAUUUGGCGACGGGGAAAAAAAAAUUGAAAAUGGCAGAUAAUCAGCAUAGUCGAUUUGAAAAAUCAUUGGGUUUAUUGACAACGCGUUUCGUUACACUUCUACAAAAAGCAAAGGAUGGAGUAUUGGAUUUAAAAGUGGCUGCGGAUAUUUUAGAAGUACGACAAAAACGGCGAAUUUACGAUAUAACCAAUGUUUUAGAAGGAAUUGGACUUAUUGAGAAAAAAAGUAAAAACAGUAUUCAAUGGAAGGGUGCUGGACCAGGAUGCAAUUCAAAAGAACUUGCCGAGAAGCUUGCCGAUUUAAAAGAUGAAAUAAAAUUAUUAGAGGAUCAUGAAAAAUUAUUAGAUAAACAUACACAAUGGAUAAAGCAAAGUAUUAAAAAUGUCGAGACUGAUUCGACGAAUAAAAGGUUUGGAUUUAUGUCGUAUGAAGAUUUAAAGGAAAUUUAUAAUGAUGAUUUAAUUGUUGCAAUUAAAGCACCAACGGAUACAGAACUCAGCGUUCCAAAUCAUUCAACGUUGGACGUAAACGAGAGUUUAAACGUGAAUUAUGAAGUGUCAUUAAAAAGUUCAUCGGGAGAAAUUACUGUACUUGUAAUUGAACCCGAAUUAGCUGAUCAUUAUGAAACACAUCUUCUUCAAAUGAGACUACAAGAAAAUGUGAAAUGCGACGAUGAUGACGUUGAUGAUUUUAGUAAAGACGAAUUUGAAAUAGAGGAUAAAUUUAAUAAAGAUGAUGUCAAGCCAAACAAAAGGAAAGCAGGAAGACCGCCAAAAAUUCCAAAAACAGAAAUUAUGUCGGACGAAGAGGAAGACGACGAUAAUAUGGACAUUACGGACGCAAAAAUUAUUUUGCGGGACAUCAAUUUAUCCGGUUACAGUCAACAGGAUUACGAGGACGAUGAUUUCUUCACAGACAUUUGCGGUCCUUUGGUGAGGUUAAGUCCACCACCUGGAGAAAGUGAUUACCGAUUUAAUCUCGGAGAAAAUGAAGGUCUUUGUGAUCUUUUCGACAUUGCCGCGAAAUAAGUACAAGUUAUUUUUGUAAUCAUUAUUAUUAUUUUUAUUAUUAUUAAUUAUUUUUAAUUAUUAUUAAUAUUAUUAUUAGGUAAUAUUGAAUUUUUUUUCUUUUUUUUUUUUUUUUUUUUUUAUUAAACUUUGUCGAUAUUUAUAUAUAUAUAUAUAGUAAUUUUUUUUUUUUCCGUCACUUGUAAUUAGAUAAUUUUGUCGAUAUCUGUACAUAUGUUUAAUGUUUAGAAAUACGACAGUUAAAGAAAAGGGGAAAAAUACUUUUUUUCUUUUUUUUUUUUUGGAAUGUCAAUCGACAGAAUUUUUAUUAUAAUUUUCAAAUAUAUUUUUUUUUUUUUGCCAUUAGAAGGGACGCACAAUUUUUGCAUAUAAAAAAUCGUUGGAAUUUUCAGUUUUGAGAAUUUGUAUUUCGGGAAGAAUUUUUUCUUAAACGAAUUUUUUUUUUUUUUAAGUAAUUUUUAGUUAAAGAAAAUUUUUACUAAAGCGAAUUUUUUCUUAAAAGUAAUUUUUAUUCUAACUAAUUUUUACUAAAACGAAUAUUUAUUUAAAAUUAAUUUUUACUUAAACGAAUUUUUAUUUAAAAGUAAUUGUUACUUAAACGAAUUUUUACAUAAAAGUAAUUUUUAUUUAAAAGUCAUUUUUACUAAAACGAAUUUUUGCUUAAAAGUAAUUUUUACUAAAGCGAAUUUUUUCUUAAAAGUAAUUUUUACUAAAACGAAAUUUUACUUAAAAGUAAUUUUUACUGAAACGAAUUUUUUAUUUUAAAGUAAUUUUUACUUAAACGAAUUUUUACUAAAACGAAUUUUUACUUAAAAGUAAUUUUUACUUAAAAAUAAUUUUUACUUGAAUUAAUUUUCGCAAAAACUAAUUUUUACUCAAAUGCUGAAAUUAAAGAAAAUAAAAUAAAUUUCGUAUAAAAAGAAUUGAAUAAAUAAAUAUUCGUUUAAAAAUUUCUCAAAUGCCAAAAAAAAAAAAAAAAUAAUUAAAAAUCGCUUUAAAAAAAAAUAAAUAGAAUAAAAAAUCCGAUUAGAUGAAAAUUUGUUUAAAAAGAAAAAAAAAUUCACAAAAAUUCGAAAAAUAAAAAAUGUAAAUAAAAAUAAAAAUUUGUUUAGGUGAAAAUUACGUAAAACAAUUGAAAUUCUCCCAAAUAAUAAUUUGAAAAAUAAAAAUUCCUCUCUCAAAAAAAAAAAAAGGGAAAAAAAUUCGGUUAUGUAAAAAUUUCAGAAAAAAAAUUUCAAAUUCUUCAAAACGCUAAUUUGAAGAAUAAAAAUUCGUCUUAAAAAAGGAUUCAAAAAAAAAAAAAAAAAAAGAAAAAAAAUUCUCUAAAAUGAAAAAUUGAAUUUUACAUUUAUAUGUGAUAAUUAUGCGUUCCGAUUAGAAUAUGUAAAAAAAGAGAUAGAGAGAAAGGAGUUUGAGAAAUUUUUGUAGGAGAUUUAAUGUCAGCUAGUUUGACGAAAAAUAUUUUCUUACACACAUAAUUCAUUGUAUUUGAUCAGUUUAUAUAUAUAUAUAUUAAAAAAAAAAAAAAAAAAAAAAAAAAAA